AUGAAUCAGCCUAUCCAUAGCAUGGUUAAGGGUGGCCGUUUUUGUGAUCUUGUUGGAGGAAAUGAGAAGAAGAUGGAAGGCUGUGAGGUGGUGGGUGAAAGUACAAAUACGUACAUCUUUCCUCCAGUUGUAGAGCAAUCGAUGUUCUACACGAGUCUCAUCCCUAUUAUUCUAACAGUACAUUUCAUAAGCAUAUUCAAGCAAUACAGCACCCAGCCAUUUACAUUCAAAAAUCUCUUACACAAGAAAGCACUUCUUACACUCUUCAAUAUGUCCUCAUCUCGUGGAUCAUCGAUCGAUCGAGAGGACGAGAGCUUUCACGACAGCCCUGUCACUCCUCAAAGUCCAGUUCCAAUAGAAGAGAUCAAAACUACAUCUUCUCUCAAGGGUCUCCAAACGGAGGAACAGCAACGCGUUCUUGAUACCGUUGCACAUUUGAGAAAGUGCGGCCUUGAAAGCAUUUUGCCACUUCCGCAACUUGUGGUUUGUGGCGAUCAGUCUGCCGGUAAAAGUGAGUAACCUGCUUCCUUUUAGUCAUUUGGUAACCAGCGGAUUCGUUCUGCACUGAUUGACGAAGAAACUUAAACUUUGCCAAAGAGUGCAAGCUAAAUUCACACCUACAGGUUCGGUUCUUGAGGCGUUAACCGAGAUCCCUUUCCCGAGAAACGACAAUCUUUGUACCCGUUUUGCAACGGAGAUUAGUCUCCGUAACGUGGAAACGGAAUCUUUGACUAUCAAGAUUAUCCCGGACAAUGAGCGUCCAUCCGCGGAGCAGGUUACGAUUCGAAAGUUUAUUCAAAGCAUCACAGACUUUGAUGACCUUCCUCGAAUUAUGGAUCUCGCAAUGGAAUCUAUGGGCAUAAGUGGUAAUCCUGACCCAAAUCUUCCGCCACGAGCAUUUGCGAGGGAUGUACUUAGCAUUGAAAUUUGUGGCCCUCACCGUCCCCAGCUUACCUUGGUUGAUCUACCGGGCUUGAUCGCAUCCGAAACUGUAGAGGCAACAGCAGCCGAUGUUGAUAUGGUCGCGGCCAUAACAGAACACUACAUAAAGCAACCUCGCACAAUUUGCCUUGCAGUUGUAUCUGCAAAGAACGAUAUUGCAAAUCAACAGAUCCUCAAGCGAGUGAGGGACCAUGAUCCUCAUGGUGAUCGUACUCUUGGUAUCAUCACGAAGCCAGAUACUCUUGAUAAAGGCUCCGGAAAUGAAAAAGCUUUCAUUGGCUUGGCGAAGAACGAGAAUGUCAGGUUUAGACUUGGUUGGCACGUGGUAAAGAAUCGGAGAUAUGAGGAACGAGAGUUUUCAUUGAUGGAGCGUAACAUGGCGGAAGUUUCUUGGUUUCGUUCUUCUAACUUCAAAACGUUGCCUAGAAAUCACAUCGGCAUUGAGCAACUACGUAUUCGCCUGGCAGAUUUAUUGUUUCAGCACAUUAAGAAAGAACUCCCGCAGCUCCGCCGUGAACUGGAAACUCAACUAUCCACUGCACGGGAACAACUUGGAUUGCUCGGCGAGCCUAGAUCUACUGCCUCUGACUGUCGAGCGUAUCUAGUGCAGCUAAGCACGGAUGUACAGAAAAUCUGUGCUGCUGCCGUCGACGGAUACUAUGAGGGGCGAUACUUCCAAUGUGAAGUCAAUUCUGAAUUUAAACUCGACCCAAAAGCCACACUCCGUCGAAUGCGAGCCUGUGUUCAAAUGAUGAACACUCAAUUUACGGAAACAAUGCGCACCAAAGGUCAUAAAUAUCAGAUCGACAAGUCUGUAGGGGCAGUUUCAAUCAGAGGAACAAUGGAAGCAGAGGAGGCACGUGAAAAGGGUGAAUCGGAAAAACUUACGAAGAAGGAGGGUUUGGAUUGGGUGAGACAAGCACUCACUAGAACUCGUGGGAAAGAGCUCAUCGGAAAUUACAAUCCUUUACUGAUUUCAGAACUAUUUUGGGAGCAGUCUACUAAAUGGGAAAAGCUUGCAGCAGAACACACCGAACGAGUAUCUGAUGUAUGCACUAGAUUUCUCAAGGACUUACUUCUUGAAAUGACCCCGAAAGACGUUGAAUCACGCUUGUGGUCAUCACGAAUUGAGGAUGAGUUAAGAGAUCGCAAUUCCGCGGCAGCUCGAGAGUUGGGUUACUUGAUGGAAGACAAUGUGAAUCAUCCAAUCAAUUACAAUCACUACUAUACAGAUACCAUCAAAAACCGCCAACAAGAAAGAGACAAUGCAGAUCUCGAAAAAUGUUGUCAAGAUGCUGCGGAAGGAGUUGAGACAUCUGAGGGAGUAGAGAUCAGUCUGGUGGUGCAAAAACUAAAGGAGAAUCUUAUGAAGAGCACGGAAAAAGACAUGGAAGUCGUCACAAGCGAAGCCGCUUUGGAUUGUGUUUUGGCUAUUUAUAAGGUUUGUUACCUUCUGCCCAUUGAAUUUAGCGAAUCUUGACACUAAUAAUUUAUUCAGGUCCUACAGAAAGUUUUCAUCGCAAAUGUGACCACCCAGGUAGUUGAGCGUCACAUUAUUCGCGGCUUGGACCGUAUUUUCGACCCUAUCGCAGUAAACACGAUGUCUGAUAAAGAGGUGGAGGCUAUUGCUAGCGAGCCACCCCAAGCUAGACAGGAGAGAAGAUAUUUAGAGGACCAAAUCAAGAAGCUUGGAGAAGGCAAACAGAUCUUCCGAAUGAUCAUGGGUGGUGCUACUACGCUUUAGAAUGUGUCGGUUUCAUGAGAGAGAUGCUAGAUGCGGCAGGUGCGGAGUUCUUUCUCUGGUUUUGUGAAAUUGUUAUCGAUGACUCGAAUACGAGUGUUUUGGGGAUAGUGGACGGAUGGUGCCAACCAACCGCUGUAAUGGUGGAAUAGAUUUUCUUUUUUGCUUUGUUUUAUCUACAGUAUCAUUUCCAACUCUAUGUCUCUUCAUAUCUUAUUGGUUUUUGCAUGUCAAUGGCCCCAUCAUUUUCAUUGUAGUACAUCCGAUGGACAGAA